UGCUGUGGAUUGUAUAUUAUGUCAGUCUAUUAACAAUUGAGAACCAUUUAUUUAAGGCAAAUCUACUUGUUGAUUCUUAGUGAUUAUAUGUAUUGGGUUUAUCAGACAAGUAGUUUAAUGACUCCAUUGUUGAUGACAGGAAACAUGCAGGGAGCAAUUCAAGCACUCCGUUUGCAUGGGAAUGCCCUUAAGCGAGGUGUUCUCCAACACAUGCGUGUGAACCCAGCGAUGUUACCUACUGUGUUUUCAUGUUUUGAGUCAGUUUCGCCUACAAAGUUGGAAGAGCAAGGUUUUGAAAGCACAACUAUCCGGGAUGUUCUUACAGCUAAGGGGAAGAAUGCUGAUGGUUCCUGGCUGUGGUGUACAACUGAUGACACUGUUUAUUAUGCUGUCAAAUCUAUGACACAACACAAUGUUGGAGCUUUAGUGGUGGUGAGACCCGGAGAAGAGAAGGCAAUUGCUGGAAUUGUUACUGAGAGAGAUUAUCUCCGGAAAAUGAUUGUACAGGGAAGAUCUUCCAAGUCAACUAAAGUUGGUGACAUCAUGACUGGAGAGAAUAAACUGAUCACAGUGACUCCAGAUACCAAGGUUCUGCAGGCAAUGCAACUGAUGACAGGUCUCUUUAGCAAGAUUUUGUCGAUAGAACUAGUUAAUCUCUCAACAUGUAUUAAACUGCUGGAAGAAAGCUUAUGGGAUAAAUCUGGAUAUGAACACUUAAACAAACCGCUGCACAUACUAUUGGAGGCAGAAUUUACACUAGACAUAAUUGAUGCUCGCUUAAACCAAGCUGUUGCCACCCUUGAAGAUCAUCUGAAGCCUGUGGACGAGUCAAUGGACUACUACAAGAAGCAACAGCUCAGGGAGUUGGCCAUACUCAACGACACGUUGAGGGAAGAGAGUCCACAAAUGAGUCCACAAACAUUCAGGGAGUUGCCCCACAGGAAACAGUUGUAA